UGGACUUUGGAAUGAUUGAUCAGCCCUGACACUUGCACAAUCCACUAACAAAGGUCACGCAGCACCUGAACACAAUCAUGGCAGAAUCACCAGGCCUCAUCACUGUCUUCCUUUUGGGGUAUCUACUCGGCGCUGAAUGUGCAGUUUUCCUUGAUCGUGAAAAUGCCACCAAAAUUCUUAUCCGUCCAAAAAGAUAUAAUUCAGGGAAACUGGAAGAGUUUGUUCAAGGAAACCUUGAGAGAGAAUGUGUUGAAGAAAGGUGUAGCUUUGAAGAAGCGCGAGAAGUUUUUGAAAACACUGAAAAAACUACUGAGUUUUGGAAGCAGUACGUUGAUGGAGAUCAGUGUGAGUCAAAUCCUUGUUUAAAUGGUGGAAAAUGCAAGGAUGAUAUUAAUUCCUAUGAAUGUUGGUGCCAAGCUGGAUUUGAAGGAAGGAACUGUGAAUUAGAUGCAACAUGUAACAUUAAAAAUGGCAGGUGCACGCAGUUUUGUAAAAAUGGUGCUGAUAACAAGGUAAUUUGUUCCUGCACUGAGGGAUACCAACUUGCAGAAGACCAGAAGUCUUGUGAACCAGCAGUUCCAUUUCCAUGUGGAAGAGUUUCUGUUUCAUACGGUUCUAAGCUCACCCGUGUAGAGACUACUUUUUCUGAUAUGGGCUAUGAAAACUCUACUGAAGCUGACUUCUUUCUGGAUGACUUCACUAACAGCACCAUUCUGGAUAACGUCACUGAAAAUAGUGAACCAUAUGAUGACUUCCGUCGAGUUGUUGGUGGAGAAAACACCAAACCAGGUCAAAUCCCUUGGCAGGUCAUUUUAAACGGCGAGGUUAAGGCAUUCUGUGGAGGUGCCAUCAUUAAUGAAAAAUGGGUGGUAACUGCUGCCCACUGCCUUAAACCUGGUGACAAAAUUGAGGUUGUUGCAGGUGAUUAUAACAUUGAUGAAAAGGAAGACACGGAGCAAAGGCGAAAUGUGAUUCAAACUAUCCCUCAUUACCACUACAAUGCAGCUGUUAAUAAGUACAGCCAUGACAUCGCCUUGCUGGAGCUGGAUAAGCCUUUACUACUAAACAGCUAUGUAACACCUAUCUGUGUUGCCAAUAGGGAAUAUACCAACAUCUUCCUUAAAUUUGGUUCUGGUUAUGUAAGUGGCUGGGGGAAAGUCUUCAACAAAGGGAGACAGGCUUCCAUUCUUCAGUACCUGAGAGUUCCACUGGUCGACCGAGCCACAUGCCUUCGGUCCACAACAUUCAGCAUCUAUAACAACAUGUUCUGUGCUGGUUACCGUGGGGGAGGCAAAGAUUCUUGUGAAGGGGAUAGCGGGGGACCUCAUGUUACUGAAGUGGAAGGGACCAGUUUCUUAACUGGCAUUAUUAGCUGGGGUGAAGAGUGUGCUAUAAAAGGAAAAUAUGGAAUAUAUACUAAAGUUUCCCGGUAUGUCAACUGGAUUAAGGAAAAAACAAAGCUAACUUAAUGAAAAACCUAUUUACAAAGGAAAUUCACUGGGAUUGAAAAUAGACCAAGCCCUUUACUAAACUAGUCAUUUUUUCCAACUCUUGUUAAAUAUAUAAGUUCGAUAAAUACUGGUUUCUCUGUGCAGAGGAAGAACCCAUCUAGAAUCUAUAUUGUACUAGAUCGAGUAGGUUAUCAAAUGUAAUCACUAAAGAAAUAGUUUGGUAAGAGAUUUUACUGUCUCCCUAAGUCCAGCCCUUGGUAAAAUGAAAAAGUGAUGUUUUCCAUGGUGCCCAGCAGGAACCCUAGUCCUCAACUGUGAUGACGUAUCCCGUUCUCCUUCUUAGCAGCAAUCUAUGUUUUAGAGAUCCCUUGCCUCUCUCAAAUUUAUUGAUUGUGAAUCCAGAAUCUUUAGUCCAUUUAAGGCCAGCAGCACACAGGAGCAGCUAAUAGGUCAAAACUCAUCAAAUGUGCUACUUCCUCUCCUUUUUUUUUCCCCCGGAUACUGCCAAACUCCCAACCCCCAAAUCAAUGUUCCCCUCCCCCACUCCCACGCUUCUUCUCCCCAGCCUUUGGAGAAAGAAGACAGUCUUUUUUUUAAUGCUGUACACAUAUAUACACGACCACCAACCCCAUACUUACUUCCAGAUUGGUCUCAAACUUACUUUGAAUAAUAUGGGGAUGAGGUACACUGCCUAAAAUCAUAAGAGGAACUUUCCCUUUAAUACACUAUCCAGGAUAGUUCCCCAAGAAUGUGUAAUUGGUGAUCAUGGAGGCCUGACCAGGAAUGGUUCUGAGAAGGCAAACUUACAUGUCAUUGCAAGUAUAAAAAGCAAUGACAUUGAUCAAAAUAUAUUGCCCCCAUCUGGAAAAAAAUUCACAGUAAUAGAAAGUUAAUGAUGAACCAGACAGAGUGGUGCAUGCCUUCAAUCUCAGCACUCAAGAGGCAGAGGCAGGUGGAUUUCUGAGUUCGAGGCCAGCCUGGUCUACAGAGUGAAUUCCAGGACAGCCAGGGCUAUACAGAGAAACCCUAUCUUGAAGAAAAGGAACAAGAAAGAAAAAAAAGUGAAUGAUAAAUUUAGCCAUAUAAUUACACUGUGUAUAGUAGCAUACUGGUAAAUAUCUGAGCACGAAGAUCUCUUAAAAAUACCUCAGAACCUUACUUGUAACAAUCGCUCAUUUCUAUUGUAGAAAUCCCCUUACCUUGGUAGACUUCAAGCUAUUAGCAUGAAGUUAUUGAACAAGGAAGUUGAGAAAACAUGCAAAAUUGAUCUUAAAACAGUGCUUUAGUCCAUAUUUAGCCUAGAACUAGCUGAGUGUUCAAGGACUAGUUUAACAGUGUGUCUCCAGCAUUCUCCAGUGUCUUAGACAAGACAACUUGCCUAAGCGAAACAACCAGCGUAAGUGUCAUGUCACCCACAGCAGGCUCAAGGAUGGGAGUCAUUGCAAAUGGUCAACCAAAUGGCCCAUUUCUGGUUUUCAGCUCACCUGUGAGCUUUGUUACUAUAAUUAAUCUUGUUAUAUUGAAUUUUUAGAUGGUUGCUGACAGUCCAACAUGUUUCUCACCUGCGACUUAAUGAACUUGUAUUUUAACUCUUAUCUAGAUCUCUGUAUAAACAUAUUUGAUAUUGACUACUUAUUGAUGUAUAAAUGGAACAAAUGUCAAAAGCAUGAUUUGAACCCUUUGGCACUGCCACCUGCUCCCCACCAAACAAACCGUACUCACUACUGCCGAUUUUACUUAAGUUCUACUACUUACUGCCUCUUUUUUGUCUUGCAUGAAGUAUCAAUAAACAUCAUUCCAAAUUUC